AUGAAAGGAAGAGCACAUAUUUUUCGUUCAUUCAAAGCGAUUCAUUUGUGUUUGAUACAAAAGAUAAUAAUUCAAAUAUCAAAAAUAAUAAUGGAGAAAAAUGAUAAGGAAAAAACAUCAAAUAAAGAAGCAAUUGUACCCGAUGGUGGAUGGGGAUGGAUGGUUGUCUUGGCAUCAUUCUUGAUUCAUUUCAUUAUGGAUGGAAUAAUAUAUUCAAUGGGUCAAACAUUCUCAGAACCCAUGCGUACAAAACUUGCACUUGAUCGAGCUUCAAUUUCAACUAUUUUCAGUAUUCUACCAGCUGUCACUCUUGGUGCAGGACCAAUCGCAACUGUUCUUACGAAUAUGUAUGGAUGUCGUAGAGUAGCAAUAGCAGGUACUUGCAUCGCUGCUUUUGGAUUUUUUCUUAGUCGAUUAGGGGCGAACGUCUGGUUUUAUUAUAUGACAAUUAGUAUCAUUGGAGGUAUGCAAUUUCAUUAUUUUAAAAGAUAUGAAUACAAUUUACAUGAUGAUAUAGAUAUUAUAAGAGAUUAA